AUUAUAUAUUGGUUUAAGGAAAAUAAUAUCUAGAUGAAGCUUACAAAGACUUUGUUCGUCAGACAACGCGACGAAGAUAUAGAAAAGAGAGUUUCCUAAGAAUCGAACUUUUUCUCAAUUAAUCCGAGCUGAUUGGCUCCUUUUUAAUGGCUCGGGGGGUGAAACGAGGGAGAUCUCAUUAAACGAUCUCGUCGAUAACGCGCGGCGGGGUAUCAAGCGCGAUCUUAUUCCCUACAAGGGGCGCCUUAAAACACCCCUGGGGCGCGCGCCUGCGAAAUAUCAGAUUCUACCACCUGACUCGCGUGUGUCCACAUCGGUCGUCGUUCAGUCUUGCCUCCACUUCCAUCCGGGCGUGUUUUUCAUCUUCGCCGGAAUAGUCCUACCGCACGGCUACUGGUUCUCGACUUGGAUCCUCGAGGCAACGAUCGUCAAUCGGUCUUGCGCGAAAACGUUUAUACUCUUUGGUAUCGGCAAAGGAUGUAUUUAUUAUCGGGGAAGCGUCGAGAAUUCAACAGUUUCAGAUUAAAAUAACGCAGCUUCCUUCGAGCACGCCCUUUGCUGAAAUCUAUCGGAGCGAUGAAGAACACAUGAAAAUUAAAGAAACGCUGCAUUUGCGCGGGAAAGCUGUGCGGUUCUCAAGCCCGCUACAUGAAUGCCAAGGAUGGAUCCUCUUCAAAUCUGGAAAGUUCAAGCGAAAACGAGAAUGAAAAAAAAGAGAACAUCGAUGAGAACGAAGAUGAAAAUCCCGGAGAGGAAGUGGCGACAAAGACGGAUGCAACAAAUUGUGAUACCAAAUCCCUCAAAGAGGAACCAGACUCUCUGGAGAACAAAUGUGAGUCACCUUUAGAACUGCCUUUAGAACCAACCCUUCACGAGCGGUUCUUGCGUAUCAAGCAAACCGUGAAGGACGCUAUAGCUGCCCAUCAUACUUUUAUGAUUUACGGCAAGUCACGGGUCAUUCGCGAUUGCAUGCUGAAGCGAGGAUGGUGUGAGAAAUUUUAUCGCAAGCACAGCGGCGGCGACCAACAUUCCAACGUCGACUCCAGCCCGGUGUUUCUACUGGCUGGAAUCGGCGAACUGAAGGAUCAGCAAAGCCAACGUCUAUUGAUAUCGAGGAUGCUCGCCAAUCACACCGUCGACUUCCUGUGGAACACUGGGUCCGACUGGCCCGGAUGGCCUGCCCAGGAUAACAAAACUACUGUGUUCAAUCGAUAUUGCCGAGCUGGCUUCACGUCCAAGGUGGGCUUGUGUUCAAACGUCAGACAAAUGCAUUGGUAUUACGAAGCUGGAGUGGCUAACACUUUGUUUCCGCGUUGCUACAACAUAUGCCAGAGCGAUCAGAUGCACGCCUUCAUCGAAGACUUCCGACUCACAGGCUGCCUGAAUCUCUUAAAAUGGUUGGUGGACAAGGUCAACGUCGAGGACGAAGACGCUGUGCGUUCGCCAACCGGCACGGUGCCUCUCAAGGCCCUCGAUUUCGCGAUCAAGAGAUGUAACGACUAUAUCAGCGCCCAAUCGCACGAGGAUAUCGAUCAGGAGGCUGAGAAAGUUUGGUCCCACCAGUGGGAUCAAUUUAUCAGUUGGUAUUACCAGAUCGUUUGCGGUCAAUCUCUCUUCGUUCGCACCAACGUGGCCUUCAACAAAUACGUUCUGGCUUCGAAGCACAUAUUAAAGAAGAUCAGGAACUACUGGCCGCAGAUUGACAUGGACGGUAUAAUGAACGUGUGGAUCCUGAAACCUGGGAACAAGAGCCGGGGACGCGGUAUUGUUCUCAUGAACAAGCUAGAAGACGUAGUAGCGAGAGUAAAUCCAACAGGCAAACAGGACACGCGAUAUGUCGUGCAGAAAUACAUCGAGCGGCCGUUACUGAUUCACAGCACAAAAUUCGACAUAAGGCAAUGGUUCAUCGUGUCGUGCGCUCAGCCUUUAACCCUCUGGAUGUUCAGGGAAAGCUAUCUUCGUUUUUGCUCGCAAAAGUUCAGUCUGGAUGACUUCCACGAGUCGAUUCACCUGUGCAAUAACGCGAUUCAAUGCAAAUACAAUAACUGCGGCGACAGGGACUCUGCUCUACCCGCGGACAAUAUGUGGGACGCCACGACAUUCAAGGAAUUCCUCAGAUCCCAAGGUCACAGUGAUGCAUGGGACGAGCUGAUCUAUCCCGGAAUGAAGCAAGGUCUGGUAGGCUCGUUACUGGCCAGUCAAGAGGCCAUGGAUCGACGGAAAAACAGUUUCGAAUUGUACGGCGCUGAUUUUAUGGUCAUGGAUGACUUUUCCGUGUGGCUGAUCGAGAUCAACAGUCAUCCGGACAUGAGCUACUCCACCAGUGUUACUACGCGAUUGUGUAGACAAGUGAUGGAAGAUACCAUUAAAGUCAUGGUAGAUUUUCGAGAAGAUAAAAAUGCGGAUACUGGAGACUUUGAGUUAGUAUACAAGCAGAGAUUGCCGAGCUGCCAGCCGUACUUGGGCGCAGCUCUGUCGCUUCAGGGCACUCGUAUCGCCACUUGCGAGAAGAAACCGAGUCUGUAUCAGGAUUCCAAAUCCAGCUUAGUCGCACGAUCGCCGAUGACAAAGAAGAAGUCGAUGGUACACAGCAACAUCGGGCCAGUGAUCGUCGAUCUCAUCGAGGAACUGGAGCUCCAGCUGGACCAAGAGUUGUACUCUUAUUACAACGCAGAUUCGCUCAAGCAGAUACCAGCACUUCCGGCGACUGCGCCACCGGUGAAGCCUCCGAAGCCGUCGAUUUCUGACGAGAAAACGGAAACCGUCUCGAAGAGUACUUCGGCAAGUACAACAUCUAUUAACAAGACAAAGUCACCAACUCCGUCCAGGACUAACGUCCAGAAUCACACGAAAUCUUCGAAUAAUGGAAAAAGAUCUUCGCACAAACCGCCACGAAAGUUACGCACAUCUACCGGCACUACAGGCAGCAAACUGGAUACAUCUCCGAGACAAACGUUGAUCUCGAAGAUCAUGGCUCUUCAGGAGCAAUCGGCGAACGAGGCGCCUAAAUCCGAGAAACCGUCGAAAAAAAAUGAAGAGAAGAUCAUCAAAACUGCGAUGCGAGACGCCGUGAAGAAGUACAAAAGAAACGUGACCGCUCGGCCAGAAGUACCGCCACUGCCUUCCCUACUUAUGCCACCAAUAGUAAAAGUCACGUCCGUGCCGACGAAGAGCAAGAGCCGCAGCAGCAUCCCGAAAAAACAAACGCAGCACAAAAAGAAUAAAAUUUUAACGGACAUAUCCGAUAUGUAUGCUGUCGGUUUGAGCCUGACCAAAUAAUCGAAGACAACCUGUCAGUCACUCGUUGCUCGUUAUUUUUCUCUCUUUACUGUUGAUCGAUUCUCCAAUUCUAUCUACAAGUGAUAUAUGUAUACAACUAAUAAAUGUUACGAUUAUACCGCUAA